AUGGAAAAAAUAAACUACCAAACAUGUUUGGAUCCAACAAUCCAGGUCUUAGACACGGUACUUCUUAACCUCCCAGUCAGUAAUAUUCCUGUGGACUUGAUCAGUAUAAUCAGAAAAAUGAUUUUUGAUUUAAAAUUCUUUAAGAUGUUCUUGUGGGGGUUAUCGUAUUGGGAAGAACCCGAAUAUGAUUGGCAUUUGCGCUGGGCAUUUCAAUUUCAUACGCUGGCACCAAGAUUGACCAAAGCAGCAAAGAAAUUAGUUGUAGAUUACAAAAAUGUAAGCCGUCGGCGUCAAGAAAUAAAUUGGGAAAUAUUUGGUUAUGACUUGAGAGAAGAAAUUGAUGCGGAGUUUAGGCCACAAGCCAAAGAACUUUGCAUUGUUUUAUUGAAUGGAUCAUUCAAAUGUAAGUCUUGCCCUCUCAACCACCUGAAGUCAUUUCUUGAGUAUGCAAGAGACACUUCCUCGUUUGUUGAAUUUGUCUUCAAGAAUCUUGAGGCUCUCCUCUUGCCCGUUGAUGUUUUCCUCAGUGAUACUUUGAAGCAGCAAGUUGCUUUCAUUCAGAGUAAACUUGUAGAACCGGGAAAUUUCGCAAACUCUUUCAAUCGUUCCAGAACAAGAGUCAAGAAUUUAGAUGAACUCAUUUCCUGUGGGCGAACUUGGGUUAAUCAAAUAUCAUGCCUUGCAUUCUUGGUUUGGGCUGAUGGAGACAAUAAUGAAAGGCUACCAUCUACCAUGGAGGUUUUGCUUUCUGAUUUGAUGCAAAGAACGAAGCGUUACAUUCCAGGGGUUGUGGCAUUGUUUACUGAAAAUUCAGUGAUUCCUCAACUUGUUGCGAGCUAUAUUGAUUUUCUCCUUGAAGAUUUGGUUGAACCUAUGGCAAUGGAAAUCGAAACCCUACGUGAAGGCAUGAUAUUUUUGCAUUCACUUUUCGUGCAACCUCCUGUAGGGUUCGAUUUGGCUCAACUCUAUGGUAUCAUCAAUGAGCUGCCAUCUUUGGUUCGCUUAAACCAUUUGAAAAAUUUGGUUGAGGGGAUUUUCAAGGAUAAGUUUUCUGGUUUCAUGCAAAAGAGCUAUAGAGUCUAUGUUCAAGUGAAAAGCAUAUACAAUCUCAGGAUCAAGUCUCACUUGUCAGAUUUUAACCCUCCCAAGAUUAAUGCAUUAGGGUUUCUCGAUUCCCUUUUAGAAACACUGAAGAAAAUGUUGGAUUCUCAGGUGAAUUUCAUUCCUUUUACAAAGUAUCAAGUGGAAAUUGUCCAGCAAGAGCUAGCAUCAUUUAGGCCGUUCCUCAUGAAUAACAAAGAGUUUCCUAAUGAGAGUGGAGAACUUAGAGAUCUUUGGUCUCAAAUCGUCACCACUGUAUAUAAUGCAAGAUAUAUUACCAGCAUGUGUUCUGGAAAUGUUUUUCCUGUAUGGUACUGUAUUGUAGGCCUCCCAACCUUCAUAGAAGACAUCAGGUUUAUAAAGUCUACACUCGUGGAGAAGGAAGAUCACCAUUUCUGUAGGAAUGAAAUUGCCAACGCGCAGGCUCAUGAUUCUAGUAUUUCCUUGUCACAACCAGCUACAAAUUCAGAGCUUGCAGGAGCUUUUAUAGGUUUCCAAGAGGAUGUUAGAUCAAUUAUUGAUCAUCUUUUAAGCAAAAGAGAUGAUCUUACAAUCAUUUCCAUUUCAGGAAUGCCUGGACAAGGUAAGACAACCUUGGCAAAAAGAGUAUACAAUCAUCCUUCGGUUCAGCAUCACUUUCCAAAAAUGGUGUGGAGUUAUGUCUCUAGAGAAUGCACAAUGCGAGAGUUAUUGAUUAAGAUUUUACGCGAUCUAGUUGACAGGGACCAUGAAUCAGUCCUCAAACUACAAGAUGCUGAUUUAGCUGAGCGGGUUUGGAAAAGGUUGAGAAAGGUUAGGUAUCUUAUUGUAAUGGAUGAUAUUUGGCACGUCAACUUGUGGCACCAAGUGCAGCUAUCAUUUCCAAAUGACAGAAUCGGUAGUCGAAUCUUGUUUACCACACGAAAUCAUGAUUUGGCCUCACAAACAAAUUUGGCUUUCAUUCCAUAUCCUCUUAGAUUGCUUUCUGAUGAGGAAAGUUGGGAAUUGAUGAAGGAGAAACUUUUUCUCAGUGAUGGCUGUCCACCAGAACUUUUAGGGAUCGGAAAACUAAUCGCAAACUGCUGCAAAGGCAUGCCUUUGGCAGUGUGCUUGAUUGCUGCUAUUCUUAGCAGGAUCGAACAAAAGCUGGAUUUGUGGAAUCAACUUGCCGAAACUCUGAAAUCGCACCUUGCCAGCGAAGAGUGUGGUGAUAUAAUAGAGCUCAGCUACAAGAAUUUACCGGAUCAUCUGAAACCAUGUUUCCUUUACUUUGGAGCGUUUCCAAGGGGCGAAAAUAUCCGUGCCAAGAGAUUAAAGUUUCUCUGGAUAGCUGAGGGGUUUAUCAAAAAUGAUAAUGAGAUGCAGUCACAAGAAAAUUUGGCAAAUGUUUACCUCAGUACCCUUGUUUCUCAAAGCUUAGUUGUUGUUACAGAAAGAAGUUCCACGGGCGGGAUAAAGAAGUGCAAUGUUCAUGAUUUGUUGUAUGAUUUAUGUUUGGAGAAAGCAGUGGAAGAAGAUUUCUUACAUUGGGAGAAUGAGAACAAGGUUAUUGACUUAUGCCAUUCUCUUCCCCCAAAGUUCAACCACCAUCGACUUUGCAUCGGUAGAAGUAAUCCCUUGAUCAAGCCAAGACCAAUUGCUACCAGCAAGGAACUGCCAACAAGCAGAGUUCAUUCUCUUCUGUGGUUUUCUCAUCUUGGCAAUCCUUCAUUUGUAUCAAUGACCUUAUCCUUCCGUUGUUUUCUUGAGAGCUUCAAAGUUCUUAAAAUCCUGGAUUUGGAAGGAGUGCUUCUAGGAGAGGGAAACCAGACUGAAAUGGUCAUAAUGUCAUCAAACCUUCAUCUAAGAUAUCUAGCAUUAUGCCUCACUGGUAUUAUGGACCUUCCACCAUUCACUGGCCUAUGGAACUUGGAAAUUCUCAUAGUCGACGGGACUUCAGUGGUUUCAUUGCCAGUUUCCAUGUGGAAGAUGAAAAGUUUGAGGCAUGUUAAGGUUAAGUUUUUCCGCCUCCAGAUUGAAGAUUUUCAGGAAAACUCAUUUGAAGCAGAUAACAUUGAAACACUUGGUACAAUAUUUCUGCCUUAUCAUAGUAUCACAGAGGGGUUCCUAAUGAAAUUACUCAAACUGAGAAAUUUGAACUGCUUUGUUGAAGGAGACGAGUUGCAUCCGUUGUGGUUUUCCAUGUUGAAACCUUUGAAGCAACUGGAAGCCCUGCGCAUUAAUGGUCAUUACAAUAAAUCUUCAACAUUAAACUUCCCGAAAAUGGAGAAUCUUAAGAAGUUGAGUCUCUCGGGAGGUCAAUUGCCAUGGAGUAUAUUGUCCACCAUUUGGAAGCAGCUACCUAAUCUUGAAAUACUUAAGUUACUCAGUUAUUCAUGCUCAGGGUCUACUUGGGAUUUGGAAGAUGGAAAUUUCUCAAAACUCAAAUAUCUGAAAUUAGAAUUUUUGGAUGUUGAAGAAAUAGUUUUCUCCGCCUGCGGCGAGGACACUUUCCCUUGCCUUGAGGAACUUGUUUUGUAUGGUUGUCACAAACUUGAGGAGAUUCCUUCCGAAUUCGGACAAGUUUGCACCCUAAACAUGAUCAAGGUACUCGGAUGGUGUUCUUCUGGUGCCAAGCGUUCGGCGUUUGAAAUUCUGAAAGAACAGCAAGAGUACAACAAUGACAGCUUCCGAAUAAGUGUGGACGAUUACGAUGCAGCAGUAGAGCCAGAAGGACAUGGAAGCAUUGAAGCUUGA